UUUUUCUUGGCAGAUGAUAUUCAAAUUUUUUUUAGAGAAGCAUAUUUGUCUCUUUACAUAAUCAUCCCACACUCCACCCCUAUUCUCUGUUAUAAAGGGAAAUUGCAGAGACAUGUUGUGGGCAUUGACAACAUCUACCUGGAGACACACAGUGGAAAAUAAAGACAAAGAAAAUGGUGGGCACAACUUUGACACCUGAAUAUCAGACAGAGAACACAACACCCAACAACACAGUGGCAAACCAAAUCUUAUCAAGCACCGAUAUUUUAAAGAUAUCCAUAUAUCUUGUCAUCUUGAUCAUGGGUGUCAUUGGAAAUGGACUUGUCAUCUUUGUGACCGGCUACAAAAUGAAGACGACAGUCAACUCCAUUUGGUUUCUCAAUUUGGCGAUGGCAGAUUUCGUUUUUGAUUUCUCUUUGAUUAUCAACAUAAUUGUUACCUUCAACAAGUUUGUUUGGCCCUUCAGUGACUUAAUGUGUAAAUUCACCUCCUUGGUCGCAGUACUAAAUAUGUUUGCGAGCAUUUUUUUGCUGACAGCCAUCAGUCUGGAUCGAUGUUUGUGCACAUGGAUAAUUGUGUGGGUUCAGAAUAAACGAACUCUAAACAAAGCCAGAAUCAUCUGUAUAUCUGUGUGGAUUUUAUCCAUCUGCUGCAGCAUCCCUUUUGUCAUGCAGCGCUCGGUACAGGAACAAAAUGGAUUGAAACGCUGUGUCUAUAAAAGCCAGAGCCUGACAGAUCAAGAUGUAUUGCUGUCUCUGUUCACAUACAGGUUUAUGGUUGGCUUUCUAAUUCCCUUCUUGAUCAUUGCAUCUUCAUACAUAGCUAUUGGUGUGCGCGUGAAACGCCUUAAAAUAGAAAAGCAGCUUCGGCCUUACCGAGUCAUUUUGUCUGUGAUUCUGGCUUUUUUCAUAUGCUGCUUUCCUUUCCAUGUUCAACAACUGUGUCACAUAAGUUCAGUAAAGUAUAACUGGAGUGACAGUGUUCAUAAAGCAAUUGAUUCUGCAGGACCUUUUCUUCAGUGCCUGGCUUAUUUAAACAGUUGUCUGAACCCCAUUCUCUAUGUGUUCAUGUGUGAUGAGUAUAAGAAGAAACUUAAAAAGUCUUUCGUGCAAGUGCUCGAGGCGGCCUUUACGGAGGAUCUGCAUUACCAAUCAACACCUCGCUCUACGUUACGCUGCUCAGAGUCACUGCAAAGUAAAUCUGGCAAGCAGACAAACGACACAAUCGUCUCCUCGUCUGGAAGUUGUCAGGGGAACAAGGUUUUAAAUUCAGUCUGGUGAUGACUGAAAAUAUAAACUUGUAAACCGGCGAUGAAGGUUUUUAUAAACAUUUCUCCCAAUUGGAACCACCCCAAACUGUUGCCACUGGCUGAGUCAAAGUCGGACGGUUCAAGGAAUCCAAAAACAAGAGCAACUUAUAAGGAAAUUACUUAUUUUUUUAUGUUUUCUAAUUGUUACACAAAACCUUUAUAUUAUAACGCUGUUAGUACAAAUGUAUCUUUUGUUGUCUUAAAAAUCAUCAUUAUUGAGAAAACUGAUUAUUUUCUGUUUAUAACAUUUUGUAAUUUUUUUAAACACAAAGAGCUGUUUUAUAUUAAAUUAAGCCUUUGCCUUAUUGUAACCUUUAUCACCACUGUAAAAAUAGACAAUCAGGAUGUACAACAUAACCAUUACAUAACAGAUAUAUUUAACUUUUGUAUAAUAUUGAGCUUAUUGAAUUGAUUAAAUGAAGUUAUUGCACGG